GAUAGUGACUCCACUGACUCAGCUUUGACUUAGGAGACGAGCUCUGACAGGACUAUUGUUGAACCACCGGACUAUGACAGGAAGCAGAUACACACGUUCAGAGAGUUUGGCUUAUUGUGCAUGAAUUACACAGGAGAAACUACCCAGGAUUUAUGAAAGAGGAACCACUUUGUUUACUGGACCAAUUAAUGAUGACUGCAUCUGCACAGCUCCUUCUGAUGGGAUGUCUCACUCUGACUGUGGGGCUUGCUUUAGAUUUGGGGCCAAACCAGAUCAUGGAGUUUACAUUUAUGUUACCUGCAGGUGGCACAGAGUGUUUUUACCAAACAACCUGGACAAGUGACACAAUGGAAAUAGAAUACCAGGUGAUUGCAGGAUCUGGUCUGGAUGUUGGGUUUGCCUUAAUCUCACCCACCGGAUACCGGGUGGUCUCUGAGUUCAGGACAUCUGACGGCAUCCACAUGGUGGAUCCCACAGACUUUGGAGAUUACAGGCUAUGCUUUGACAACAGUUUCAGUAAACUGUCAGAGAAGACAGUGUUUUUCAAAGUUAUAAUUAACAGCCCGAGAAACACAGCUGGAGGCCAAGAAGAGUUGGCAGACAUCAUCGUGUCUGAGAGCGGGGUGGACUACAGACUUGAAGAAAUCAGAGGGAGAAUGGACACUGUGUACCGGCACCUGGAGAAGAGCCGUCAGGUCCAGACUAUGCUGCGGGCCUUUGAGGCCAGGGACCGUUACCUGCUAGAGGAUAACCUGUGGCGAGUGUCCUUCUGGUCCUGCUUAAACCUGAUUGUGGUGAUCAGUGUAGCCAUCACUCAGAUUUACACCCUGAGGCGUCUCUUUGAUGACACCAAGCGGGUCUGCACAUGAUGACAGAACCACUUCAUUGCUUUUAUCCCUCACAGGAUAACAUGACAAGUUGACAAGAACUUUUACCUUCCUCUUUUGUAAAGUUUGUUUUGAUAUUUUAUUGCAACAUGAUAAUCUAAAGAUGCAUAAUUUACAGAUGAUGCUAAUUUAGGAAAUUAAAUUCCUAAAGAAAACUCAAAUGUUAGGUACGUUGAUUACACACAGCAAUAUAUUUCAAGCACGUGUUUCCGUUAUUUUCAAUGAUAUGGUUUACAGGUAAUGAAUUGUGUUACAUAAGACGAAUAAAAAUGCAUUUUUAAAAUGCAGAGAUGGCAA